AUGACCACAGCGUACUCUGGCAUGGCCCCAACAGCAGUUUCCCCCCACUCAUUUACCCGUUCAGUCCUCGCGCACCUAAACAGCGACAAAUCCCAACUCCCUUACGCCCCGCCACACCCGAGCCAGACUACAACAGCGGCAUCUCUAGACUCAUCCCCCAACGGUAGUCCUCCAGCAACCUCGGAUGAGCUCGCCCAAACCGUCGCCGCCCUUGACACGGAAGUUCAGGCUAUUAAGGCCCAAGUCUACAAGAAGCUGCUUGCAAACUAUGGCGCUUUCUCCGAGUCAUUUGAGUACACUCUCGAGCUCAAGGACAAAAUCGAUGGUCUUCUAGAGCAGGCUGACAACAUGGCCUCAAGAACAACGGACCCCGAGAAUGGACUGCGUCAAAUAGUCAUGACGGCUCUAGUUGAGCACCACGAAAUCUCUCAUAGAGUCCAAGAGAACAACAGCAUCAUGGAAGGUCUGGAGCAUUUCUCGCGUGUGGGGGAUAUCCUUUCUCAGUACGAAGCAUUUAUGGAUUCAGGAAAGAUUCUUGAGGCUGGUCAUUGCAUCCAACAAGCGGCCAAAACUCUUGCCCACCCUCCCAAUGCAGGUGUUGCAUCGUCCCAUAUCACGCGGUCCCUCACGGACCAAUGUGCCAGAAUGACAGAAGCCAUUGACCAGAUGCUGGACGACCUUAUCGCUAACGCCAUCCACUAUCAGUACCCCACCGACGACAUCAAUACCCAAUUCAAACUCACCAUCUCUUACGACAUUAAAGUCCCUCCUUUGGCCUUGCCCCGCUCGAACACGGACUCUGCGCCAGGAUCAAUUCGGUGGCACGCACUCAUUCGUGCCUUGACCUUACUGGAUGUCGCCCAAGAGAAGCUCCGUCCUCUACAAAAGUUUCUGAUCCGACAGGUGCUUCAGCCUCUAAUCGAGCACCAUAACGACGCAGUCAUCCUUAUAGACAACUCUACCAGCUAUGCCUCUGCAACAGGAACAUUCCUAUCACUAGAGCUGAAUCCAGGGCAUGGCUCAGGCGAUCUUUUUAGGGACGUGAUGAGCGUUUUCGAGUUCAUUCACCGCAACAUCUUCCUGAGUGACUAUUCAAGCCCAGAGUUCAACGCUAAAGAGUUUUCAUCAGACACGGAGAUCCUUACAUAUUUCCUUGGCCACAACAUCGCCAAAGAAGCCUGUGCAAUGAUAUCAAAGUCCUACCUCUCCCAGGCUGUUCCUUCAGACAUCAACGGAUUACGCGACUUUGUCUCCGUUGCCUCGGCUGCGACACGUUUGGAGAACGAACUCAUCGCAUUGGGGUUCUUGACUGAGGCAGACAGAGAAUUGCGGGAGUUUGUCGAGAACAUUGAUGUUCACUAUACAAACAACAAGCGGGAUACUCUGCUCAAACAGGGGCGCGCUGUGAUCAUGAGUGAGGAUUUUAAAACGAUUCAAGUGAAAGAUCUGGAUAAAGACGAUGAUCUCGAAAAGGAGGACGAUGGAUGGGGUCGAAUCGCCGAUAUUGAUACGGAUGUCAAGGAGUCAUGCAUUAGCCUUAAAGCAAAGCAGCUCGUGGACAUGAUACUUUCCACCCUUCACGAAGCCGGAUCUCUCAGUGAAAACGCAUCCCCGCAUCUUUACAAGGCAACUCGCUCACUCAUCGACCUCUAUCGCGCCUUGAUGCCGGUCCACCACGCGAGGACUCUUACAAACGUACCGGCACUUGCAAUCUUGUUCUACAACGAUUGUAUGUAUAUCGCCCGAGAGCUGGAAAAGGUACCCGCACGACUAGAGGACGGGAUCCCUGGCAUGGAUGAGGUCCAGUACGAUGACUCGAUUCCGGCCUUGAAGACCUUGGCCAGAAAAUGGCUCGAUAUCCAGGUGCAAAAGCAACGCGAGGAGCUGAUGGAGAGCAUUGACAGUGCAGGCGGGUUCCGGGAUUCUAGUGUCGACAUCAAAUUUGACGCAUGCGAGCGGUCGAUGAAGCAGGUUGUCCUUGUCUUUAAGCACCUAGGAAAAGCCUGGAAGUCCACGUUGUCUCCAUUGACGUUCUACAAGCUCUUGGGCCAACUUUUGAACGAAGUCUCAAAGCGAGUCAUCAGGGAGCUGGAAAAGUUGAACGAUAUCUCGGAGAAGGAAUCGCACAAGCUCGCCACCCUCUGUGGUCUUUUGUUUGAGUGCGAGGACCAGUUCGAUUCUGCGGGCCCACUUGUCGAAGCAGCCAAGGGAGAUGCCUACGACGAUGAGGACCCGAUUCAUUUCUUUGUCCCCUCCUGGCAGAAAUUCCAGCUUCUGGCUGACAUCCUUGAACUGUCCUUUGCAGAGAUCAUGACACGCUUCAGGGCCGGGCAGCUGCACAUGUUUGAGGAAGGAGAGCUCUCGGACCUGAUCUGCGCCAUCUUUGCGGAUACACCUCUCAGAAAGCAUAACCUUGAGGAAAUUGGGCAAGGCCACCCUGUAGCUCUUUCACACCAUGCACAUUAA